UUUUUGACAGCUUGUAGCUGUCUCUGGCGAUGGUAAACAGGGAGAGAAAAAUGGAGUCAUCUUCCAAAAUAUAUGGAGAUGGAACAGAAGAAUGUCAGAGCAGUGAAUCUGGGUGGACAAUGUACAUUGGUUCCUCCAUGGAUGACGACGACGGUGGUGACGGUGGUGCUGUGUAUGAUGCACGUGGUACUUGUGGUGGCAGGAAGAAGGGUACUGUGAAGAUAGAAGAUGAAGAUACAGAUGAUUCAAUGACUUCCGAUGCUUCAUCUGGCCCAAGUCAUCUGCACCUUCAACAACCAUGGGAUGCACAGGAAGAUGAAGGUGACGAGAAUCAUAAACAAGAAAACUACAAGGGUUCAAGCAAGAAGAACAAGAAAUCAGCAGGGAAGAAGAAAGGUGGGUAUGAAGAAACCAGGAAAAAAGACGAGAAUGAAAAGAGAGGUGUGAUUACUACUGUUCAAAGUGGCAAUAGGGCUUGGUUUAUGAGUAAAAGAAAGUAAAGAAAACACAGUUUUCCGAUCUUGUUUUCGUUCUUUUGUGGUUGGUGGUGGUGGUGGUUGGCGGUGGUAACCACCGGCAGGUAGCUAGUUAAAGCUUUUGAAAUGAAGUUGUUCUAGAAAGAAUCGAUUAAUACCAGGGAAUCAUACUGUUAUUUUUUGUGUGUAUGGUUUCUGUACAUCUAAUGAAAUAUCCAUCAUAUGUCGUAUGUUUAAUUA